UGGACAUUUGUCGAGAGGAAGUCAGCCGAGGUUUCUUCAGGCGUCCCUGUGGAAGUUUGGAGGAUAUUUUUUUUCUGUCUCUCGGGGAACGUUCAAGUGCUUUGGGAUGCUGGUUCCUCCGAUCCUGUGGAUACUGAGCUGCGCCUGGCUGCUGCAGACCGCGGCGGCCUCGCGGCUCAAGUCUCCCGCGCUGCCCAUCCAGUCCGAGAGAGACCCGCUGCCGUCCAAAGGGCUCUCAGGAUGUUCGUUCGGAGGUCGAUUCUAUUCCCUGGAGGACUCGUGGCAUCCAGACCUCGGGGAGCCCUUCGGUGUCAUGCACUGUGUCCAGUGCCACUGUGACCCUCAAAAGAGUCGCCGUGGCAAGGUGUUUGGGAAAGUAAACUGCAAGAACAUUAAGCAAGACUGUCCGGACCUGGACUGUGACGACCCUAUCCUGCUGCCAGGACACUGCUGCAAGACCUGCCCCAAAGGUGGAGAUGACAAGAAGCAGACCGACCUGCUGGACAGCUUCGAAUAUUUCCAUGAAAAGGGCAAAGGGAAGCUGGAUGACCUGCAUAAAUCCUACAAUGACAGAUCCUACCUGAGCUCAGAGGACAUGGGUCCUGGAGAGAGUCGCACUGAUUUUGUGGCUGUUUUGACUGGAGUGACACACUCAUGGCUGCCCAGCUCAAGCGGUGUCGCCAGAGCUCGCUUCUCUCUCACCAGAACCAGCCUGGCUUUCUCCAUCACAUUUCAAAGAAUGAGUCGUCCUGGUAAGAUCGUCUUCCUCGAUCAAGAUGGCGCUGUUGCUCACGAGUACAGAGUCCCCAAAGGACAGUCGGACAUGAUCUGUGGCGUGUGGAAGAACCUGCCCAAGCUGCUGCUGCGACAACUGCAGUCAGAGCAGAUGCGCGUCAGCAUGUCCGCGUCCACCAGCAGGCAAGAGGAAGUGGAGGGGAAGAUCAUCAAGCACAGAGCUCUGUUUGCCGAGACCUUCAGUUCCACACUGACUUCAGAGGAGCAGAACUCUGGCAUGGGAGGCCUCGCCAUGCUGACGCUCAGUGACACCGAGAACAACCUCCACUUCAUCCUCAUCUUGCAAGGCCUGGUGAAACACAAAGACAAAGAUCCCCUUCUGGUGCCCAUCCGGGUUCAACUCAUCUACCGACAACAUGUCCUGAGAGAGAUCCGUGCCAACAUCACAUCUCAUGAUCCGGACUUUGCAGAGGUGCUGACAGACCUGAACAGUCGAGAGCUGUUCUGGUUAUCACGUGGUCAGCUGGAGAUCGCCGUGACAACAGAAGGGCAAAAUCCCAAACAGAUCUCUGGAUUUAUUGCUGGCAGAAAAUCCUGUGACACCAUCCAGAGCGUCAUGUCCAGCGGAGAUGCUCUGACUCCAGGAAAGACUGGCGGAACCGGGUCAGCCAUCUUCAACCUCCACGACAACGGCACUCUGGAUUACCAGGUCCAAGUUGCCGGGCUCACGAGCGAGGUGGUCGGCCUCACCAUCGAGGUGAAACCACGCCGACGCAACAAGCGCUCGGUGCUGUACGACCUCACGCCUGAGUACAGCAAGGUCACGGGCCGAGCAGUGGGCAGCUGGAAUCGUCUGGAGGCUCGAACCAUCCACAUGCUGCUGCAGAAUGAGCUCUUCAUCAAUGUAGCCACUGCUCACAGCCAGGAGGGAGAGCUGCGCGGGCAAAUCAAGGCGCUGCUGUACAGCGGACUGGAGGCUCCCAGACACGAGCUGCCCACUCCUCUGGCUGGAUACUUUGUGUCCCCGCCUGUGAGAACAGGUGCUUCUGGUCAUGCAUGGGUGUCAGUGGACAAACAGUGUCACCUCCAUUAUGAGAUUGUUGUGGCGGGCCUCAGCAAAGCAGAUGACCUCACUGUGAACGCCCAACUGCACGGGCUGGCAGAGAUCGGAGAGCUGGAUGACAGCAGCACCACCCACAAGAGGCUGUUGACCGGCUUCUACGGCUCUCAGGCUCAAGGGGUGCUGAAGGACAUCAGCGCUGAGCUGCUGCAGCAUUUGCACAUGGGCACCGCCUUCAUCCAGGUCAGCACCAAGAUGAACCCCAGAGGAGAAAUCCGUGGACGGGUCCAUGUGCCAAACAACUGUGAGCUCGGAGCCAGAAGUUCAGCAGAGCAGUCCGAGGUUGACAACACAAAAGAGAUGCUGAAGAAAGACCCUCACACUUGCUUCUUUGAGAACCAGCACCACGCUCAUGGCUCCCGCUGGACCCCCAACUACGACAAGUGCUUCUCCUGCAGCUGCCAGAAGCGAACUGUGAUCUGUGACCCAGUUAUCUGCCCGGUUCUGACCUGUUCCAAGACCAUCCAGCCAGACGACAAAUGCUGCCCCAUAUGUGACGACAAAAUAGAGAUGGAAGAUGUGAAAACACCAGAGAAAGUGGAAGAGCAUCCUGAAGGUUGCUACUUUGAAGGAGACCAGAAGAUGCACGCUCCAGGAACAACAUGGCAUCCGUUCGUUCCUCCUUUUGGUUACAUUAAAUGUGCGGUCUGCACCUGUAAGGGAUCGACAGGCGAGGUCCACUGCGAGAAAGUGACGUGUCCGGUGUUGACCUGCAACCAUCCCGUCAGACGCAACCCCUCGGACUGCUGUAAGGAGUGUCCUGAGGAGGAGAAGACUCCAGCUGGUCUAGAGCACAGUGACAUGAUGCAGGCCGACGGACCCAGACACUGCAAAUUUGGGAAAAACUAUUACCAGAACAGCGACAACUGGCACCCCUGGGUCCCUCUGGUGGGAGAGAUGAAGUGCAUCAACUGCUGGUGUGAUCACGGAGUCACCAAGUGUCAAAGGAAGCAAUGUCCCAUACUGACCUGCACCAACAUCACCCGCCGUGAGGACUCGUGCUGUCCCGAGUGCCUUGACGAUUACGACGAUGAUCUGACCAUGAAAGUCCCUGACAAAACAAGAAACUGGAGACACUGACUUUACUGAUGGAACCCUCUGACCUCCGACUCGAUGGACCCGGAGCUGCACACUGGGCCCACUCGCCCCCCUGACUCACCUCACCCACCCUGUCACCAGCUUCAGGAUUGUAAUGAAGAAAGAAGAGCAGAAGUGGACGAAGAAUCUAAAAAAUAAAAAAAUAAAAAAAAGAAAGAAAGGAAUCAGAGACUGUAAAUCGACCACAUUCUGCUUCCAUUCUCCCUGGAAUCUUCAGUUCUCCAAAGAGCAGCUCAAACUGGUCGCAGAUGUAAAUGUAAAAAACAGCUUUGAAAGAUGUUAAUGUUUUCAAUUCCAGACGUCAAACUAGUUGGUUCAAAGCGACAGGCCUCCUGCUGAAGUCCAGCCGUAGCUACUGUCGCUCGGAUCUGUGUGACUGUGUCGCUCUGCGAGUGUGUGUGAGUUUUCAACGGAAGAACAAUAAAUCAAAUUAAUAAAUUGUAUUGAAGGCAGGUUUGACAGCGUUUCUGCUGGUUUAAUAUACUGGCCAAUUUAAAAAGAAAUGUACUGCAUCACUUGGUGGCACUCUGUGUUCUGAUGUCAUCAAUCUCCCAAAUUUGCCUGGACCGACUUUCCAUCUGUUUGUAUCAUUUUAUGGAUCAUUGUUUUAUGGUUUUCUAUGAAUAUGAAGCUGGUUUUUGUAUUUAUUG